AGCCGUGCAUUUUUGAGAGGGUGCUUAGAUGAGUAUGACUGUCAUUUAGCCCAAGUAAAAGAGCUAUCACUGCUAGGAUUCUACACGUAACUUUGUGAUCCUUGACGGGCCGACGCGUGGAAUUAUAGAGUCGGCAAUAUAAAUGCAACAGUUAUUUUUUGGAGUUUCAUCGGGGGCUGUCAUCGGUAAACUUCGAACCAUUGUUUGCUCCUGAGGAGAGAGUGCCAUGCCCGAGGGAUCCCACAGCGCCACUCAUGACGUCCCGAUGGGCGAAGAGUCGCCUCGGCUGUCCACGGCUUCGGUCGGCAGCAAUGAACCGUCCACGGCAACGCUGUCGGACUGCGGCGAGCCGGGUAGCGCGGGCCAGCGGCCGGUGAGCCUAGUGUCCACACUCUCGUCAGGCUCAUCGGGCUCCUCCCGUGACGACAGCCCGCCCUGCGGCGGCGCGCCGCCGGACGUCGACCUCGACCUCUGCCCCCCGGAGCUGACCUCUGCCCAGCAGCAGUGCAACAACAACAACGCGGUCGCCGCGGCGGAAAAUACCGAAGCAGGAGGAGGAGGGCCGCCACUAUCACCAUUCGCCGCCAAAGCCAUGGCGCCCAAUCCCAAGCUCACGUACCUGGACCGUGUUGUCAUGGAGAUCAUCGAGACGGAACGCAUGUAUGUGAGGGACCUGCGGAGCAUCGUGGAGGACUAUCUGGCCCAGAUCAUAGACAUCAGUGACCUCCCCAUACGACCAGAGCAAGUGUGUGCUCUCUUUGGAAACAUCGAGGACAUCUAUGAGUUCAACAGUGAUCUGCUUCAGUCUCUGGAGAUGUGUGAUAACGACGCUGUGGCCAUCGCCAGGUGUUUCGUGCUUAAGCGUGAAUACUUUGAGAUCUACACACAAUAUUGCACCAACUACCCAAACUCUGUGGCUGCUCUGACGGACUGCAUGAGGAAUAAGACUCUGGCCAAGUUCUUCCGUGAGCGGCAGGCGGCUCUGAAGCGCUCACUCCCUCUGGGCUCCUAUCUACUCAAGCCCGUCCAGAGGAUCCUCAAAUACCACCUGCUGCUACAGGAGAUCGCCAAGCACUUUGACCCCCAGGAGGAGGGCUAUGAGGUGGUGGAGGAGGCCAUCUACACCAUGACCGGAGUGGCCUGGUACAUCAACGAUAUGAAGAGGAAGCAUGAACACGCCGUCAGACUGCAGGAGGUGCAGUCGCUGCUCAUCAACUGGAAGGGCCCUGACCUCACCACCUACGGUGAGCUGGUCCUGGAGGGCACCUUCAAGGUCCACCGCGCCAAGAACGAGCGCACGCUCUUCCUCUUCGACCGCAUGCUCCUCAUCACCAAGCGCCGCGGCGAACACUACGUCUACAAGACACACAUCUCGUGUUCUACCCUCAUGCUGAUUGAGAGUGCCAAGGACUCUCUGUGUUUCAGCGUCACACACUACAAGCAUCCCAAGCAGCCUCACACAGUGCAGGCCAGGACAGUGGAGGAGCGGAAGCUCUGGGCUCACCACAUCAAGCGCCUCAUCCUGGAGAACCACCAGGCCAUCAUACCACAGAAGGCUAAAGAGGCCAUCCUGGAAAUGGAUUCCAUGUAUUCCAAGUAUCGCUACAGCCCGGACAGGAUGAAGAAGGCUACUUCCUACCACUCAGAAGACUUCCCCAAUGGCCGUCAAGGCCGACGCCAGUCUGAACCAACCAAGCAGAUUCUGAAGAGCACCAAAGCUAUUCUGAAGCACGCUGACAGUGAAGGUGCACUACCAGCCAGCAUGCGGGCCAUGAGGCCCGUGCAGCCUGCGGCAAGCAUCAGCACUCUGGGCUCGAGCAUAGGCGAGUCUGAGGCUGAGAGGCCUAGCAUGGAGGACGAGGAGGAGGAGGAGGAGGAGGAAGAAGAAGAAGAGGAAGAGGACUCCCUGGAGAGGCUGAGCCCCAGCGACUCCGAGGAGCCCGCAUCGUCGUCGUCGUCGUCCAGAGCGACCUCGCGCAAGCCUGGCGGUCUCAGCCGGGGCGAGGCGCUGGAACACGAGAACGUUUUUGAGGAGGGAAGUGACCCGGAUGAGAUAGUGAUGGAGGACAACCAGGUAGCAGACUUUGCCAGCUCCAUGCUGGAGGCCAUUUCCUGUUGGCACACUAGAGCCCGGGCUUUGCUUUCCUUGGGGGGGACUACGGAUGAGGAGGAGGAGGGUAAAAGGGAGAAUGGGCAGACAACGGGACAGGAGGAAACCCAGCAGACCACUACGGAGUCGUCCACUCCUGAACAGGCACCUGAAACUAUUUUGCAAACUGAGAACUCCAACUCCCAUUCAGAUGUAUCUGAAAAACCAGAGCAAGAUCCUCCCAUCCUACCAGUGUCGCCCCUCAAAAGUCCUAAGUCCAACCAGAUCCCCCAUAAUACUCCCAAGCAUAAAAGCCUCACAGGGGACUCCAAGGAAAGCACACCUGAGAUGGUCCCCAGACAGGAAGAGAGCUCUGGACACUCCUCAGAGGAGGACGUAGGGGUGGAUGAAGAGGAGGAUGAAGAGGAGGAAGAGGACCAAGCUGCGGAGAACGAGUCCAGCAUUCUGCCACCGUCUGUGCUUGGCCAGGCCAGCGCUAUUGCGGAGCACUUUGUCAGCAGCACCCGCAGGAGCAGCAGCACCAUGGACGAGGUGCGCUCCCUGGGCUGCCCCUCCCCACGCAUCCCAAGCCGGACCGGCAGCACGCUCAGCCUGGGAGGAGGGGACAACACCCAGGAGCUGACCCACUGGAUGAACAACCACUGCUCCGAAGACCCCAUGGUAUCUGUGUCCCAUGACACUGGAGCUGACGUGACCAUGUUCUCUCCCCGAGAAGACAACGUGUUCGACGGCAGCUUCCGAAGACGGGACUCAACCCUAUCCAAGAAAGACCAGCUGCUGAUUGAUAAGAUCAAAGGCUACUAUGAGAAUGCUGACUACUUAGAUGCUGGCUUCUGUAUCAAGCGAAGGGAGAGCCUCACCUACAUCCCGACUGGCCUCGUGCGCAGCUCUGUCACCAAGCUCAACAGCAUUCCCAAGGAUGAUGCUGCAGAAAGGAAGUCCUCGGUCUCAAGCUCUGCAACUGCUCCAGAUCUUUCACAAACCCUUUGCACCGAAAGGAGGGAGCGCAUAGUGUCGAGUACGUCUUUCGACACUCUGGACUUUGGCAAGAGGAGAGUGUCUGAAGAUGGGAGCGAGGCGUCUCUGGACUCUUUUAGAGACAGAAGCAGGUGCCAAAGCCUGCGGGAUGUAGGCAUGCCGGACGAUGAGUUCCGACCAUCCUCAGAGAUGAUCAAGGUAUGGCAGGAGAUGGAGAAGGAGGUUACCAAGACUCAGGACGAACCCAGGGGAGCCCCUAGACGCAGAGAGGCCCACCGCCUCAGGGUAGCCAGCCCCAGCAUGUCCCCUGGCAGGAAAGCCCUGUCGUUAAGAACAGCCCCCGAGAGCGACAGCGCAGAACCUUUGAUGAUCUUGGAGGAGUCUGACCUGAGCACCAUUACGGAGGAGUCCAGCUCUCCUUCGCCCGUCAAAGGUCGGGGUAUGGUUCUGGGCCAGUCUUCGAGCUUGAGCAAUUGUCUCCGUCCUCCUCCUUCCGAAGGUAGAGCCCUCAGGGCUCCAGUCCCAAGGGUGAUCCAGCUGAGGGCAGAGGCCGAAAUCGAGGUCCCAAAAUGGGAGCUGGAGCAGAAUGAUGCCGAUGCAACCCAAAACAGCAAAGUCUUCCACUUGGCACGGAAGUACAGCCAGCGCAUCAAGUGCACUAAACCGGUGGUCCUUCAGAGAAGCCAGGAAACAGAAGGGACACUGGGAAAGAGGAACCUUUUAUGUGUGCUGGAGGAGAGACCAGAGAAGGAAGAAGGCAAACCCAACCUGACUCUGUCCUUGGACUUGUGUGGCUCAGUGAAUCAUCAGGACAUGUCUUCCAGAGCACAGCUUGGCUCCCCGAGUCCCAUCCCCACCCCCACCUCCCUGGGCAGUCCCAGGGUCCUCUCCCCGAGCCGGACUGCCUCCAAGAGCCCUCUGAGCCCCACGCCAGUGGAGGGCUUCAAUUGGCCGGACGUGCGAGAGCUGCGCUCAAAAUACACCCACCUAGAUAAGGUGGCAAGCUCGCUGCUGCAGCCCCCAGUGGCACGCAGCCACUCCGUCCCAGAGAAGAUCCAGGAUUGCAGGCCGCGAAGGCGCUCCAGCUGCUCCAUACACCUGGUUCCCUCGGAAGCUGCAGCAUCUAGGUCGUUCCCAAGCCAGGAUCCCGAGGGCGCACUGGGAAGGCAGCAUCGUACGGGGUCUCUGGAUCAGAGGCUUAGCCACCUGCACUUGAACACGCUGCAGGACUUCCAGAGAAACCCCCCAUGCAGCAGCAGCAGUGGGUACUACGUCUCCGGAGAAACCCCGCUGCCCAACGACAAGAAGCUGAUCGUCGUCGAGAAAGUCAACAUCACUUUGGAGCCAGUUGUCGUGGGGAAGGUUUAUACAGAGACAGUUGCCAUGGCCAGUCCACCACCACAGGUUGCAAAAGAGCUACAGUGGUCGAGAGCGAAGGAGGACACGGACGAUAGUUACGUCCAGAUCCGCUCCCCCACUUCCCGAGAGAAGAUCUCCAUCAUGGCGGUUAUCGACCGCUGCCGCGCCUAUCAGGAGUCCGAGGAGUACAGGCUGAGGGAGGAAAUUGCAGCAAAGGCUGAGCAGCAGGCCAACAGGAGCAGCAAAGGAAAGGACGGUGACAAGCUAGUGCCUUCGAGUGACAAACUCGAUGAGGCGCUAAAAACCGCCAUCGACUCGGGCAGGAAAGCGGACAUGAGUCAGCAGAACGUAGUGAAGAACCUCCGAGAGCGGUUUCUCAACCUGAGAUAAAGACAUUUUUAACAAGGUUUUAAGGUUUCUGUCUUUCAAAGAAGAAACACCACAUACUCUUUAAACAUGGCUCUUUCCCAUGGUCUGGUUUUGAAGGUCCUCUUACAUUUUUAUGUAAGUGAAUCCAAAAUUAGACCCUAAAAAUGAUCUAAAAAAGCUUAUGAAUUAGUUUUACGGAAGUGUCAAUUGGUUGAUGUUGAUUGGUGUUGUUUUGGCUACCAUGGAUACAAUAGCGUAGCUUACUCGCUUAUCUUGAAUGUGCACAUACCACAUAGCCAUGUGAAUUUCAACAUCUUGAAAUGCUGGUGUCAACUGUUGGAUGAUUCUGUUAAAAUUACUAUGUGUAGUUUGCCUAGUGAAAGGGGUAAAUGUCCCUCUUGAUGUUUCAACAGUAAUGCAACUCUGAAGGUGCAAUAAAGAUAGAGUAGUUCACUGUAUUCCCAGUGCAUGCCAGGCAUCUUGCUUAGUAGUUUCAGAGGGUUGUUGUACAUGAGAAAAAAAAGAUGCAAUUCACAGUGAUAUCAAGGAAAGUUCUUAUAUCUUAUAGCUUUCUGUAGUGUUUCUAAAUCAAUAUGAUUUUCCAUCUUAAAAUCUGAGAGAAGUAGAGGGUUGUAUGGAGACCAUAAGAAAGACUAUUCGUGUUGGUGCAUGAUGUCAUAUGGACUGUAAAUAGGCAUUGUACUGUACAGAUGUAUUUUCUCCCCAUUCUAAAAACAUGUACAUAUCUCCUAAUUGUGCCACAAAGGCCAACUCGUAUGUUAAUUGGGGAGGAUACACCAAGACAUUCCCUUUUCUGUUUUUACAUGUGCUUUUCUGUUUGAUUGUGUCAUAUCGGAGAGCAGCAUUGCGAUGUUCACACAUGAUCGCACUCCAGUCUGGGUUUACUUACUAGAGAACUAACACCAGACUUGCUCAUGUGAUGAGUCUUAAUUCCAAGCUCACUGCAAGAUGAAAGGGUUGUCGAUAACCAAAGAUUCACUUUAAGUAAGAAAGUCACAAGAUCUUGUGAUUGUAUUCCUGUGUAAUUUAGAGAGUGGUUGAUGUCGGUCUUAUUUUCAUUUGAAUCUGGGUCGCCCUUAAAUGAAUCACUUCAGGUCACCUUAUAGAACUUUUGUUGUUCUCAUGCCAAUCUGAACUCCCAGCAAGCAAUGUUUUUGUUGAAAACUUGUGGCAGUGACAAAAUAAUUAUAAAAGGGGCCAAUCCAACUUUUAUUUUAUUUUUGUCUUUCAAGGCUAUUUAUUCAUUUUGUAAGGAUAGUCAAAGUGUUUGGCAUGACAUGUCCUUCCUUUACAACUUCUUAAUUUGAAUAUGUUCCUAAGCAUUUGCACAAUGAUGAUGUACAGUGUUUUUAAACUGACCCUGCUUUAAAAUGAAUUUAUUAUUAUAUCAGAGUGCUGGACACAUAUGUAUGUUGCUUCAUUAGCCAGUGGUUUAGUGGACAUGCUAUCACAAACUCUAGAUUUAGCAUUGACAUUCCUGUAUCCUAGCUAGCAGCUAGCCAGUGUGCAUAGUAAGGAAGAUGCUUACAUUAUAUGUGCCAUACUUACACUAUGGUGGGUUUAUUCCUUGCACUUCACUGCAGUAGCUAGGGGGAAAGCCUGAAAAAUGUCCUGUAUAACAGUAGGUAGGGCUGCAACCACACCAUUGUAAUACUGUUCAAGCUGAAAUGGCUUUGUAGAUCCCAAGCUAUGGGUCUUUACUGUGCUUUUUCUUUUUCUCUUUCUCUCUCUCUGUGUGUGUGUGUGUGUGUGUGUGUGUGUGUGUGUGUGUCACUGUUAUCCUCUCCUCUUGACUGUACACAUUUAUCUUUCUGUUAUUUAUUAAGCUGGUGUAAAUUUCAUAUACAUAUAACUGUCUCUUUGUUUGUGUGUGUGUGUGUGUGUGUCCUGUAUAUAUAAAUAUAUAUGAAUAUGUAUAACUGAGUCAGAAUGAAAGGAAGCUGUACCGUGUCCAGUUUCUGCACAGAAAUUCUUGUAAUUCUUAGAGUGGAUGUAUGCUCCAUAUUAAAACCAAGUCUGCUUGAGAA